AUGCCGGGUUCAAUGUUUGAAAACCUAUUGCCAAACAACAUUAGCGUAUACGCCAUGACUGCCUCCCGAGCCGACGAAGAAAUACAUUCUGACUGCGGUGGCGACGAACGUGGCGCAUCGUUUAAAUGGUCUUCCGACUGGCUUUAUGAUAGUGAGCAUCAGGACUUGACCAAGGAGACAUUUGCAACACAGUACAAUUAUCUAGCGCAUACGCAUACUGAUGCGCAUCCACAACAAUAUGGUGAUAAACAGGUACCCAUUAAUGCUAAUAGUUAUUUAAUGCCUGCACAAUCGGAAAACUCAGUGCCCAUACGGGAUGUGCCUUUAUAUUUGGCUCAGCGUAUGAUUAAAAGCACUAAUGAAUUGGGAUUAAAACAAAGAUAUGUGAAUGAAUUGGAAGUAUUGUUAAGAAAUCGGGAAUUAAUGAACAAACAAAUCGAGGAAUACGUGAAUUCAUUGCUGGGAAUUGAGGCCAAUGUUGUACUCAAUAGUAAACUACAGAUCAAUAACAGAAAGUGUUAUCACAAACUUGUGGACACUUUUCACAACAAGUGCUAUAUAUUGGGACAGAAUACGUAUGCAAUCAGUAAAAUGCAAAUAUUUGUGAAUAUAUGCGAAGAAAUGCGUGAAUUGAGUGAUGCGGACAUCAAUGCUGUCAACCAAUUGCUGAUACAAUACUGCAAUAAAAUUGUGAAACCAAUUGAAUUCAUUGUAUAA